GAGCGCUCAGGACGGCGGCCUGGGAGCGCCCAUCCACAACGCGGGACCUGGUUCGGGAGCCGGCGGUCCCUCUCGCCGAUGCCACUGCCCCAUGGGUGCCUCAAUGGCAGGAUCAUGAAGUGUUUGACUUUUUUUCUUCUGCUUCCAGAGACCUUAAAGAAGUCCAAAAAGAGCGUCAGGUCAAACGGCAAGGCGCCAGGAUGCUCUGAAGCAGUGCCCCUGGCCCUGAAGAAGAAGAUGGCCGCAGAACUUUACCCUGCCAACACCAAUAUCGCCAACAGCAACGCCGCCGCCGCCGCCGGCAGCAAGAAGCCCGCGCUGCAGCUGCAGCAGAGCGCGCAGCCGCCCCCGCCGCCCCAGCUCCAGAACCUCAACAACAACAACUUGGAGAGCGCCAGCUGGCAGUCGUGCCACCCCACGCUGCGCGAGAGGAACGCGCUGAUGUUCAAUAACGAGCUCAUGGCUGACGUCCACUUCAUCGUGGGCCCGCCGGGGGCAUCCAAGAAAGUUCCUGCCCAUAAGUACGUGCUGGCAGUGGGCAGCUCCGUCUUCUACGCUAUGUUUUACGGCGAUCUCGCCGAGGUCAAAUCCGAAAUCCAUAUCCCAGAUGUGGAACCCGCAGCCUUUCUAAUCCUAUUAAAAUACAUGUACAGCGAUGAGAUAGACCUGGAAGCCGACACGGUGCUGGCGACGCUCUACGCUGCCAAGAAGUACAUCGUGCCGGCCCUGGCGAAGGCGUGCGUCAACUUUCUGGAGACGAGCUUGGAGGCGAAGAACGCUUGUGUCCUGCUGUCCCAGAGCCAGCUCUUCGAGGAGCCAGAGCUGACGCAGCGCUGCUGGGAGGUGAUCGAUGCUCAGGCCGAGAUGGCGCUCAAGUCGGAAGGGUUCUGCGAGAUCGACCUGCAGACGCUGGAGAUCAUCGUGACGCGGGAGGCCCUCAACACCAAGGAGGUGGUGGUGUUUGAGGCUGUUCUCAACUGGGCGGAGGCAGAGUGCAAGAGGCAGGGGCUGCCGGUGACGCCGCGCAACAAGAGGAACGUGUUGGGGAAAGCGCUGUACUUGGUGCGGAUCCCCACGAUGACUUUGGAAGAGUUCGCCAACGGGGCGGCCCAGUCCGACAUCCUCACGCUGGAGGAGACGCACAACAUAUUCCUGUGGUACACGGCUGCCAACAAACCCAAACUCGAGUUUCCGCUGACAAAAAGGAAAGGACUGGUGCCGCAGCGCUGCCAUCGCUUUCAGUCGUCCGCGUACCGCAGUAACCAGUGGAGGUACCGGGGGCGGUGCGACAGUAUUCAGUUUGCUGUAGACAAACGGAUAUUUAUAGCGGGACUGGGAUUGUAUGGGUCGAGUUGUGGCAAAGCUGAAUACAGCGUCAAAAUUGAACUGAAGCGCUUAGGAGUUGUCCUUGCUCAGAAUCUGACAAAGUUUACCUCCGACGGCUCCAGUAAUACCUUCUCGGUGUGGUUUGAGCACCCGGUGCAGGUCGAGCAGGACACGUUUUACAAUGUAAGUGCCAUUCUGGACGGCAAUGAGCUCAGUUACUUCGGGCAGGAGGGAAUGACUGAAGUGCAGUGCGGGAAAGUGACCUUCCAGUUCCAGUGCUCCUCGGACAGCACCAACGGGACUGGGGUACAAGGAGGACAAAUCCCUGAGCUCAUUUUCUAUGCAUGAUGCAUUUCACCUUGAUUGUAUUCCAGUACUGCAACGCUGCACAUUAAGGGAUUCUUUGGUUUUACUACAGAACUGUACAGCAGUAUGGAAUGUUACGCUACUUACCUAUCUGCUACAUCAUGCUAUACCCAAUAAGUGAAGGAAUGCUCUUGAAUUUAAUCUUAUUUUAUUUAUUCAUAAGCUAUUUGACUUAAUUAAGACUGCAGUGAGCAGAAAAAUGUUAAAUUUUGCACA